AUGUUCUCCGAAGUAACAAAGGAUGGAAAAAGAAUUGCUGGAUCAGUUGCUCCUGCAAACAGUGUAACUUCUUUAUCAACGAAUGCAGUUCUGUCUACUGUAGGUGCUUCGGGGGAAGGUGCAGUAAAUGCUAUAGUCGAAUAUGAAAUACCUCCUUGGGCAGGGAGGCCACCGAGUGGAUGUCAUCUUGAUGUUGUAAAAGGUGAUCAGUUAAUCCAGAAAUUGAUGGUUGAUGAAAAGCGUGCCUAUUUCUUUGGACGUAAUCCCAAACAAUGUGAUUUUGUAGUGGAACAUGCAUCGUGUUCCAGAGUGCAUGCUGUUCUGAUUUAUCAUAAAUUUCUGCAACGAUUUGCAAUCGUAGAUAUGAAUAGCUGUCAUGGUACCUUUGUUGGUAAGGUCCGCAUUGAACCAAAGCAACCAGUUUUCAUAGAUAUUGCCAGUAUAUUUCAUUUCGGUGCUUCUACGAGGAGGUACAUAUUGCGCGCGAAACUUGAUUCGGCUAAUGAUGACGAUGAAGGAAAUAAAGAUUUGCUACCAGAGGAACAUGAGCUUGAGAACCUAACUGAGUAUAACACAGCACUAAAUAGACGAAUACCCGUUAUACCAAUUUCACUAGAAGAUGCGCGACGGAAAAAAAGGCCACGUGGAAAUGUUGCAUUUAUUGAAGAGGAAACCAUAAUUAAUCCAGAAGAUAUUGAUCCAACAGUAGGACGUUUUCGAAAUUUGGUUGCUACGGCAAUAAUAUCUACAAAACGAAAACCUUUGGAUGAAGGAACUGAGCAAAGAGCUAAAGAAGGUCCUACACAGAAAAAGAUUCUGAGGCCUGGACGCGUGGAUGAUUACAAAAAUGCAAGAUAUGUACAGCCAAUGAUUUCAAGUUUGUCAAUUGUUAUGAAUGCUGCUCCGGAUUUGGAGUUAUAUGCGAAAAGUUUGCCGGAACCUACCUCUGGACAUGUUGGUCCUUUCGUUCAGGGAACGCACCGAAUACAUGAUGAUGAAGAUGAUGAUGCACCGCACAAGAAGAAAUAUGCCAAAGAAUCAUGGCCAGGUAGAAAAUCGAAUCAGAGCCGAGUUCUGGCAUAA